CACCCACACCCACACCCACACACCCACACCCACACCCACACCCACACCCACACCCACACCCACACCCACACCCACACCCACACCCACACCCACACCCUUAUGGUAAGCAGCAAAAUGCUCCGAGAACUCAUAUUUGCUCAAUGUAUUAAUAAUACUCAAACUUAAUAAGUACUGUGAAAGUAAUUUUGUACACUUCAUUACUUGUUUAGUUAUAUAGUUUACUGAAAGACAAAAAAAUGCAUUUUUUACAUUAGAACUCUAUUAAACGAUGUUAUAUUAAGCGUAUAAAAAGUUUUAAAUCUAUUGGAAAUAUUGAAUUCACUCGAAGUUAUCAAGCUCUAUUUCUCAUGUUUUUCAAUUAUCGGAUACUCUUAUGGAGUAUUCAAAAGUCAUUUGAAAAAUGUUGAUAUUUUUUGAAGUCUUGAAAUUUGAUGUUUCUUAUUUUUAUCUGCCAUCUUCCUCAUUAAAACUUGAAAUAGAUUACAGAAGAUUUCAAUUUUUCCCCUAGAUUAUCGAUGAAGAAGAAGAAUUAAAUAAAGCAGAUAGCCCAUUCAAACGAGAAUUACAAGCUAUUUACAAUAAAUGUUUGGAAGCUUGCAUUAAAAAUUAUGGUAAUCUUUCGUCAUCGGACAAAGCGCUCAAAGGAAUUCGACAAUGGUUGUCAUUUAUAAAUCAACGUUGUAUUCCAACAAUUCCUAUUUGGUCAAAUCUUUUGUUAUGCAACUUGUCACGUCAUGGUACAUCUGCUAUUCGUGCAUACAAUAAUUUACUUCUAUCAUCUCAUGAUCAACGUACUAAUGCAAUAUCGGAACGACGCAUGUCUAUUGCGAAGCGAACACAACUUGGAAUAGAGAUCCGAAUUCGAUCCGAUAUUGUACUUGAUAUACUUAUUAAUGAUAUGCAAAAAAUGGUUGAAAAAUUCUCCAUAUCACUCAUGGGUACAAUUUUUCAAGAUACUGGUGGUAAAGCAAAUUCUCAACAGUUGAAAGUUGUUCAAGAACGCUGGCGACAAUCUAAUCGUCGUGGACACGGACAUUAUGCAAAAACACCGGAAACAUCAAUCAUGAAUAAUUUAAAGAAUGCAUUGAUUAUAUCUACAUCAAACAUUAAUGAUAGUGUUAUUUUGCCACAACUUUCUGUACCAAAUUGGCUUAAUGUAUCCAUUGGACUUUUACUAUCUAUGAAAAUAAUUCGUGAAACACCUCCAUCAUCACCAAUGAAAACGCCCUUACUCAUCGAUAUACUCUCAUUUAUUAAAAAUUGGAUAUCUGCUUCAAACCGUCUUAAACCACCUAAAAAAACAAGUGUUGAACUAACUAAAUUGUUGACCACUCAAUUCCACAUACCUGUUAAUUUUCCGACUGAUGUAAGUGAACAAUUAUCAUUUAUUAUUCAUAAUAUUCUUCUUCCGAUCAUUUCUUAUUCAAUGUGUUAA